AUGAACCUUUUAAUAGAUCAAUAUUUGGCUUCAGUUAUCUUGAUUAUAUUUAUAGUUUAUUCAUACAUUUAUCCCACAUCAUAUUCUUAUGAUGCAAUCAUAACUAGCAAGCAAGUUGAAAAGUUUGAGAGAUCAUCCCCUUUGGUAAACGAAUGGUUAGUCAAAUCAUAUUUUCCCAAUACCAUUUUGCAAUCCAUUUAUCCCAAUUCAACUAUUCCAAACUCUGAUCAUGAUAUAUCAAAUCGCAUAUAUUGGGAUCUACAACAAGAGUACGAUCCACGUUUAUUACCAUCACUUUGGAUUAAUUCUAUUCUAAAUAACUUAAAGAAUGACCAUGAUCAUUUAUUCAAUCCUGAGAUUUCUUUACCUUUCAGUUGGAACAGUCUAUUAGGUAUAGAUAGAAGAUUAAAACUGAUUGAAGUUGGAAUGGAUUUACAUGUUUUGAAUUGUGAGAAAUUCGCUGAAGUGUUCGGAUUAGAUUAUUCCGAAUUUUCAAAAAGUUGUAUAAGUUUAAAAGGUAGUCCAAGGAAUUAUCCCAAAUUAAAAAUAACUCGACCUGUUGAUGAUUUAACAUAUGAAGAGGGUCGUAAAAUAAUUGGACUUAGUCAUUUAUUACAUGAAGCUCCUAUUCCACAUAGAUUGGCACUUUUAGGAGUCGGUCCUGAACAAUCAAGUUUAAUCGUUCCAUUAAUGGGCCUUGGAAGGGUAAAUGCAUAUAGUAAAGGUGAUUUAAAUUACUUGAUUUCAAAUUAUUUGGAUAAUAUAUCUCAAACUAAAGAAUCUCCAUCUAAUAUUACAAAUAGUAUUGAGCUAGGAAUUGAAUUACAUAAUCUUAAAUCAUGGUGGGAAAGCAUAGAUCAACCAAUAUCAUAUAAACCAUCACAAGAAUUAAAGUAUGAUUUGUUCAGAGCUAUGGAUUGUCAUAAUGCAAUGUCAAUGGAUUUAAAGAAAGAAGAAUUUGAUAUAGAUAUUGAACAAUACAUAAAUACACUACAAGAUAAAGUUUCACAUUCAUAUAGUAUGGAGAUAAUUAAUGAUUUUGAUAAAGAAUUGUUAACAGUUAUGACUAAUAAUAUUGGACUUCAGCCUAAUUUCACUAAAUAUUUUAAUGAAGCAAAUUGCAUUGGAUCACAUAAAGGUAGUCAUUAUGAUUGGCGGUUUUUUAAACAACUUCGUUACUCGGAAUAUGAAAGAAAAGCUAUUUUACAUAGAUUAACAAGAUCAUGGCUAAGGUUCGCUAAUUCUGUUGGUCUUUCAACUUGGUUAGGUCAUGGUUCAUUACUUGGAUGGUAUUGGAAUGGAAUGAGUUUACCUUGGGAUGAAGAUUUAGAUGUUCAAAUGACUUUAGAAUCGUUAUAUGUAUUAGCACGAAAUUUCAAUCAAACUUUAGUGGUAGAUCUAACUGACGAUCCUGAUAAUUUAAAUAAUGCAAUGGGUUCAUAUUUAGUUGAUGUCAGUUCUAAUUUCUUUAGUAGAGAUAAUGGCAAUGGUUUAAAUACUAUAGAUGCCAGAUUUAUUGAUACCAAUACUGGUUUUUAUGUUGAUAUAACAGCACUUGGUUUGACAAAUGCUUCACAAUGUCUUUCAUCCAAGGAUAAAAGAAUGAAAGAGCUAAAUCAAGUCUUAGAUCCUGAAUUUAUUGAGAAAGAUGAAUCAAAGACAAUUGAGUCUGAAGAUCUUAAGCAAAGUUUACAUGUUAAGAGAGAUCAGCUUGUAAAUGAUCGAAAUAUUUUCAAUUGUCGUAAUUAUCAUUUUUAUACAUUGGAAGAUCUAUCACCAUUAAGGAAGACCUUGUUUGAAGGAGUUCAAGCUUAUGUACCAAAUGGAUAUAAAGCGAUAUUGGAAAGAGAAUAUACUCGAUCAUCUCUCUAUUCAAGACAACAUGAGGGUCAUACGUUUAGACCUACUUUGGAUUUGUGGAUUCCUAGUGGAGUAUGUAAGAGAGAUGUUAUGGGAAAUCAAUGUUUUGAUUCUGAAGUAUUAUUAGAAAGGAAGCAUACUAUGCCAGUUACUUUAAGGCAUAGAGAAGAAUUAAAUAGGAAAAGAGAUUUGACUCUUGAUGUUGUAAAUAUUAAAGAUACAGAAGUUUUACCAUUCCGGGUUGAUCCUUGGAUUAUUGGAAGAUGUCUUCGAUUACAAAAAUUGCUAGAACGAUUUUAG